AUGAAAUGUGCUGAUGAGCUACCUGGGCUGGAUGUUGCACCUACAAAGUCCAUGAGCACGACGUGGAAACGGAAAAAGAAAAAUAACUGCGGCACUGAACAUAAAAUGCACUCCUCUGACAAUGUGGCCCCCUCUCCUCUACGGCCAGUGGUAGACCAACAGGCACUGGCAGUUGGAACGAGCCUGAGGCAGGAGGCCACGACAACGGCCCCAGAGACGUGCGGCCCCCCCACACCACAGGAGAUGGCAGCAGGGCCCCUCCACACCCCAGAGAUGGCCCCGCCCCCAGGGGACCCGGAGGGGUGCAGGCCCCAGAGCGGCUGGGAGACGGGCAGCGGCCCAGCCUCCCCUCAGCAUCCAGCCCGGCUGUGGGCAGCCGUUUUCCCCACGCUCUGCAGCCUGGGGAGGAGUGACAGCAGCGCCGCCCUCCCUCAGCGCAGUGACCUCAGCAGCCAGGAGGAGGUGGAUCUAGGGGCCCCAGAGAGGAGCGACAGCAGCACUGCCCCUCGUCCUGAGCACCGGUUCCGGCUGUGGGCGGCCGCCUUACCUGCCCUCUGGGGCGAGGAGGAAUACAGCUGCGAGCAUGGUUCUGCGAAGUAUCUGGCCCUGUGCGGCCUGGGUGGCGUGGUGAGCUGCGGCCUGACCCACACGGCUGUGGUGCCGCUGGACCUGGUGAAGUGCCGUAUGCAGGCACAGCCCAGUCGCUACCGGAGCGUGCUGCAGGGCUUUGCUCUCACCGUGGAAGAGGAGGGGAUGCGUGGCCUGGCCAAGGGAUGGGCCCCCACCUGCGUGGGCUACUCCCUGCAGGGCCUCUGCAAGUUUGGCUUAUAUGAAGUCUUCAAGCUGCGCUAUGCUGACAUGUUGGGACCUGAGCGAGCUUACCUGUGGCGGACCAGCCUCUAUCUGGCCGCCUCAGCCACUGCCGAGUUCUUUGCUGACAUUGCUCUGUCCCCCAUGGAGGCAGCCAAGGUGCGAAUCCAGACGCAGCCAGGCUACGCCAACACAUUACGGGUGACUGUCCCCAAGAUGUACCGUGAGGAGGGGCUCUGGGCCUUCUACAAGGGGGUGUGUCCCCUCUGGAUGCGCCAGAUCCCCUACACCAUGAUGAAGUUUGCCUGCUUUGAACGCACCUUGGAGGCCCUCUAUGCCUAUGUGGUGCCCAAGCCACGCAGUGAAUGCUCCAAGCCUGAGCAGCUUGGCGUCACCUUUGUUGCUGGCUAUAUAGCUGGUAUCUUCUGUGCUAUAGUCUCCCACCCAGCUGACUCUGUGGUGUCUGUGCUCAACAAGGAGAAGGGCAGCAGCGCUCUGGAAGUCCUCAAGAAGCUGGGCUUCAUAGGCGUGUGGAAGGGCCUCUUUCCCCGCAUCCUCAUGAUUGGCACUCUCACAGCCCUGCAGUGGUUCAUUUAUGAUUCAGUCAAGGUCUAUUUCAGGCUCCCUCGGCCUCCACCACCAGAGAUGCCUGCAUCGCUGAAAGAGGGUUUUUUCUUUAAGUAG